AGUCAACUGUCAACUGAGUCAACAUAACCUAUAAUUUCUCAAAUUUUGAUUGAUCCAAUACACACAAUAUGAUUAUAACUUGUUUUUCAAAAGUUUUUUAUGUCCAGAUCAAAACACGUUCAAGUAUAAUCUAACGGUAACAGCUUCGAAAAAGCCACCUUAACGGUUUCAUAAAAUGUAAAUUAGCAUAAUGCCAACAAAUCAAAUCAUCUUCCCCAAAUGUAAUGUUUUCAAUGUAGUGUGAUUAGAAAAUUUUUAGUGUUCAAAGCAGCUGCUUCCUAUAAAAGUAUGUUAAUGAAAUGUGUUCGAUUGAAAAGAAUCCACGCCAGGUUGAUAUUAGCUUUAUUAGUAACACUAUUAUUGAUAAUUAUUGUAUCAAAACUGAAGACAAAUGAAAAUUUAGAAAGUGGCCACCUUGUAUUGGAUAACAAUUCUACCCAAAUUUUUGAGAAAAAACUAACGGAUUAUGAACGUCGGAUUAUACCAAAUUUAGGGGACAAUGGAGAUCCUAGUUUUCUUGAAGGAAAUGAUGCAAAGGAGGGGGAAAAGGCGCUCAAAACUUUUGCUCUGAAUACUGUACUGAGUGAUAGGAUGCCUUUGAAUAGAAAAUUACGGGACCCAAGAAACAAGAAGUGUAAAAGAUUCAAAUACAAUCCUAAACUGAAAACAUCAGUUAUUGUGAUAUUUUAUAAUGAGCUGAUGAGUGUUAUUUUGAGAACAAUAUGGAGUGUUAUUCUACAAACACCCAGUCACUUAUUGAAAGAAAUUAUUUUGGUGGACGAUGCUAGUACUGAAGGAGACAGCAGCUUUCAAGUGGGUGGAUUUUCGUGGUCUGGCCAUUUCACUUGGAUAGACAUUCAAAACGAAGAAGAUAAACAUAAAUUGACUCCAGUGAAGUCACCUACCAUGGCAGGUGGAUUAUUUGCAAUAGACCGUAACUUCUUCUGGGAUAUUGGUUCCUAUGAUGAACAAAUGGAUGGAUGGGGUGGAGAGAAUUUGGAAAUGUCUUUCAGAAUAUGGCAGUGUGGUGGACGACUAGAAACGGUUCCUUGUUCACGAGUGGGACAUAUUUUUCGUGAUUUUCACCCUUACUCCUUCCCGGAUAACAAGGACACUCAUGGCAUUAAUACCGCUCGAUUGGCUCAUGUCUGGAUGGAUGAUUAUAAGAGAUUAUUCUUCAUGCAUCAGCCGGGACUUGAAAAUAACCCAAUAGUUGGUGAUUUAACACAUAGGAAACAACUUAGGCAGAAACUACGAUGUAAAUCUUUCAAAUGGUAUUUAGAUAAUGUCUACCCAGAAAAGUUUGUACCAGAUGAAAAUGUUGUAGCACAUGGUCAGGUACGCACAGAAUUCGAAAUGUGUUUGGACGAUCUUCAAUUGGCAGAUGAUAAAGUGGGUCCUCUUGGCCUUUACCAGUGUCACCCUCACAUGGCAAUGUCCCAAUAUUUUUCAAUAAGUGAAAAAGGUGAACUGCGCAAGGAAAAUUUCUGCUCAGAGGUAUUCAAUGAGCAUGAUGUUCAACUAACAGAGUGUCAUGGGCAUAAAAGGGAACAGUAUUGGGUGUAUCAUAAAAAUGGUACUAUUUUCAAUCCAAGUGUGAACAGAUGUUUGAGUAGCGAAGGUGUAGAAAAUGGAGGAGGGGUGAAGGCUGAUAUUUGUAAAGACACACUUUACCAGAGAUGGAAAUUCGAUAAAGUCAAUGAGACUGCUAUGGCUGUGUAAUAUUAUUUUAUAAAGCAAAUCAUUCGAGCAAACCAUUUUGGAUGGCAGCUACUAGAGGUAUUUUCAAUCUUAGGGUCCAACAAAUGAAUGAAUAUUCGACAAAACUCCCGUUUUACUUCAUACAGUAUGAAUGAGGUGUAAUUUGAAAAAUCAUCUAGAACAGCAAGAUGGGCUAAUAUUAGAACAUUCGAAUAAAUAAAUAAAAAGAAAUAAUUUCAAGUAAAAUCACGAAUAAUCAGAAAUGAAAUGAACUGAAAGAUAUGCUCCUAACUAAAGAGCAGAGUAGUUUGGAAAUGGAAAUGGAACGACAAUCCAAUUAUGACCGUUGCUCCUAGGUACAGCAAAUUAGAUUUCUUUCAGUAAUUAAGAAUAUUUAUAAAUUCUGAAUAGUCAAAUUCGUUAAUUUUGAAUCACUGUCUUCUUAAACAAUGACCCAUUUCAUACUAAUUAAUAAGGAUUGAUUACUAUUAUUUAGUAAUCUUUGUAAACUACCGUGGAUAUUUAAAUACAUGUUCCAUUUUUUUUGCAGAGGCCUUUCAUGAAGAUGCUGCGCAUCAUCUAACAAUUGUAAAUCACUGAAAUCAAUCAAAUGAUUACCUACAAACCAGCUUCUACCACGACAACAUUAUUUUGAAUCUUCAUCAUGACUGUCAAACUUUCCUCCCUAUACAACAUUUGUUUGAACAUGUUUUUUUAACUAUGUCAAAGAAGUGUCGACUUCUCAUAAACAAUGUUCGAGCCGAGAAGAACAAUUUCAUGAUCUACUUUGUUGCUCAAUCAAAAAUACUCUGAAUUUCUUCACUCGGUCAGCAAGUUGCACUGCAGGAUAUCCUUUGUGAGCAAAUUAGUUCAUCGUAAUUCAAUAGUAUUAGCCAAGAAAGUGGUUAUUUUCUGAAUGGCAUAUAUGUCUUUCCUUGCACAGAAUCUAGCUGUUUUAUAUCUACAUUUGAGUGAGAUAGUACAUAGAAUACUUCUUUCCCAACAACAAACCCUCACCAAUGGUUGUUUUGUAGAAGGAAAUUCAACAAUAGGACUCAGGAUACCAUUCAAUCCAAUUGUCGUCUCAUUUUGUUUUAUAAUUUCAGUCUUAAAAGAAUACCCUGAUAUCCAGAAAGGUUGUUGUUUUCUAAUAGGUUUUAUUUGUCAAAUUCUACUAUGCAGAAUAGCUGGAAAAGAUUAUUGUUGCUGGAAAUGAAAGUUUUUUUGAAAUUUUUAUGCUUCAUGGAUACAGUCUUCUAACUAACCUACUUGUAUUUCUAUAUUGAAUCUGCGAAUAUGUCACAAAUAUCAAGAGACUGUAUAUGUAUAAAUUGCAGUUUGGGUUUGAUCUAUAGGUAUGAAAGUUGAUGUGACUUCUUUGAUUAGAUCAAUAGAUAAAUAAAUCAUCAUUAUCAAGACAAAAUACAUCGCCUCCUUCUAACAUGCAUCAGAAAAUGUGAUGGUAUCAUUACCCAAAAUAAAUCAAUAUUUAUUACUGUUAAUAUAUACAAGAACUUUCUGAAUAAUGUGCAAUUGUACAUAUCAUUAUCAAAUAUUGGAGUUGAGACUGAAAGUAGAAGUAGUAUAUUCAUCAUUGACGUAAUGACAUGUAAUUUAUUUAAAAAUUUUAUCCUUUCAAGAUAUAUAAAAUUUUCAUUCAAUUUCUGCUCAAAAAUUCAACAAACAUCGUAAUCUUUUGUUGAAAUCAUGACAAUAACUUAGUAAUACUUAUUCAACCCAUAUAAUCCCUGGAUUUCAAUAAACUAACGAGUACAGAAUAUUUUUUCUCUCUCGUUGAAGUAAAAUAUUUUUUGGUUUCUCAAAAACUGUCAACCACUUUUUUGUUUCCAAUUAUGUGGUGAAUUGGUCAAUACUUAAUUAAAAUCCAUGAUAAUGUAUUUAAGUAAUACUUUAUUGUGGGAAUUUUCACUAUACAGUUCACAAAAUUGUAGAAUCUCUUUCAGUGUACAAUAACUUCUUCAGGCAGUGUUCACACGCCCGGUUUUGAAUUUUCAAUAAAAAUUGAUCAAAAUCGUAAAAUGUGUGGGAAUAAACUUGCACAAUCAACAAGAAAUAUACUUCAACAUCCGUUAAUCGAAAAACCGAAUGUUUUUGUAGCUGAUUCUGAAAUUCAUCAGUGGGAUGAACUGUAAAACUAUAUAAAUAUGUCUUAUUUCUGGACUGAAAUUGUUCUCUAAUGCAAAGAGAGGUUUAUCUGUUUUUUUUUGUGGAUUUAAUCACUAAUUAAUGUCCCCGAAUGGUUUAUUCAUCUGAAAUUGAAAAAUAAAUGGGUACGUAAAGUAGAUUUUGAUAACUCUUUCGCAAUCAAUAUGCCGACUACUAGUUCACUGAAAAAAUUGUGUAAUUCCCCCCAAUGGUACGGCGGGAAUUACACAACGGCUUCAGAAUGUUGUGGCUGUAGUAAACUGUGGGUCUAGUAAACCCCAUGAAAGACUACAGUCUAGAUUCUAGAUUAUCAUUAUUGUCAAGAUAAUAAUACAUUGUAUUCAAUUGCAAGAGUGUUUAUCCUGUUGAGUAUAUGAGACAUUACAAUAAAGAGUAAAAAAUACAUCAAUAAUCAACUGCCAAAUAACCGCAAAAAUGUACUUGAAAAAAAAUGGUGGUGGACUUUAUUCGUAAAUAUCUUAGGUUUUCCUAUGCUGCACCAGCUUGUAUGAAAAGAAGUAUUAUUUUGCAGCUGGAAUUCAUGUUUGAACUCAAAGCGAACCUCAGUUCCAAUUACAAACCAAAAAGAUAAAAUGUUCAAUUGUGUGGUUGCUCAAUUUCUGUACCCUAGUUUAAUUUCAGAAUCGUGGGAAGACCAUGCAAAAGAAACAAAAGUACAACAGUAUUCAUGUAUGCUAAACGUGAAAACCUAUUAUACCCACGAUGUUCAUACAAGUGGCAUCUUUCAUGAUUUUAUUAUUCAUAUAUUCCCCAUAAUGAAUUGAAUCAACAUUUUGAUCUCCAAGAUAUUUCGGACUGAGUAUAAAUGAUGAUUUCAUAAAAAUAAUAUGCAUUUUUUCGCAACUCCCUAAAUGGGUUAAAUGAGGUUCAAAUGAAUGUGUUCCAUUGUUUGAGCUGUGGUUAUUGCCAUCUUAUGAAUAUAGCUUUAUCAAAAAAAUUCAGAAUCCGAUAGUUUACACAAAAUAGUGUGGAUUGCUCUUUAUUUAUGAAUAGGUUGAUUGGUGAUUACUAAAAUAACAGGGUUUCCUCAUAUCAUAUGUAUGAUUUUUUAUUGUUCUAAUUGUAUCAAAAAUAAUUAUGAAAUCUUCAAUAUUUGAUUUUGUAUGAAGAAGUGUACAACAAAUGGAAUUAUAUCAAUAUAUAAACUCUCACAACAGAAAUGUAGUAGAAGGAAUUAUAUACGUUAAAAAUAAUAUGGAUUUGUGAACUGUACUGUUAUUUUGAAGCAAUAUACAUUUUAUGUAAUGUUAAUCAUAUGUUAAUUGUUUCAAGUUCAUCACACUAUGUUCUUGUCAGUCAACAGUUGAUAAUCAGCAAUUUUCUUUAAAUUUUACAUAUAGUAUUUUUAAACAAUUCAGUCACCUUUUCACUUCACAAUUUUCAUAAGAAAUAGAACUAAUUUGAUAUAGUAGUUUUAAGUGACCUCCUUGUUUGUACAUUCAUAGAGAAAAAAUUGUUACUCAUUAAAGUAAUUUUUCUCCGUGUUACUUAUCAAUGGCAUUCUAAUGAGGAAUGUUCAAACAUUACCAUUACAAUUGACAACUUUCAAAUGAAAUGUUUCAAGAGUCCCCAUGAGUACAACUGUAAAAUCACAAAGUUGAGAUUAUGACACAGAGGUGAUUUUCUAUAACAUUUUUGUUUUCUGCACAUUUAGAUUCGAUGGAUAGAAUGAUUUUGCUAACAUACUUCGUAUUUUACAGAUUGAUGCUCAAUUAAUAAUUAGUAUGACAAAAAAGACAGUAUAACUUUGUGUGCUUACGAGUAUUUAUAUUAUUCUGUUAAAUGACAUUGUUGAUAUACAUAUUUUUAUUAUCAGGA